UUUUUCUUUCUUUUUUUUAAUAUUCUGAAACAUGACCUAUUUUUCUGUGACACGAUUUGCAAAGUAGGUUACAACCUGGAGUCCACAGUCCCUACAGCAAACCUUUCUCGCGCUGUGCUUUCCCCACUCUGUACGAGACUACAUUUCCCAUAAGGCCACAGUAAGCCGUUCUGUUCGGUGGGGCGCAACCACAAGGGGCUUUUCUCUCCGACAGACUCUCAGUUGACAUCGACCGCUUGAGGGAGGCGCGGCGAGGCGAGGCGAAUACGCACACACGGAGUUUCAAGAAGUUUUCCACUUUUGAUGAAAAAGAGAAAAAAACAGAUCUUUACAAACUGAAUCAUUUGGACCGAUCUGUGAUUGAUAGAGAGAGAACACACACACACACAGAGCUGCAGGAUGCUCGCGCACUCGGAGCCUCGGGCUUCAGUUUAUUUAUGCAACGCCAUGAGACGAAGAAAUUAUCUGGCUAGCUAACUCUCUAGCAGAUCGAAGUUACAUUGAAAAAUCCAGGCUCGAUCGGAAAUCGUGACAUUUCUCAAACUCUCCGUGAUAUUAUUAUUUUUUUACAACACUACCAAGCGAGAAAAUCGACCGUUUUGUGUUGGAAAAGUGUGUUAGCUUUAGCUGGCUAGCAAGCCGGUGAAUAAACGCUGCUCUGUGCCACCGAAGUUGAGCGGACCUCAUCGCUGAGGUGACAAUGCUCGAAAUAAUGUCUGAGCACCAAGAUUCAUUACUGAAACGCAAAACGGAGUCUCUGCCACCAGAGAGACGAAAGAGAACAGUGGAAGACUUCAACAAGUUCUGCAGUUUUGUCUUGGCGUAUGCUGGCUAUAUCCCAUCUCCAAAAGAGGAAAGACCAUGGUCUCCAGCCUCCUCCAGUUCACCACACAGCUCUGGCACCUCAGGCGAAGGUGGCAUGGGAGGUGGUGCCAGCUCAAAUAUGUCGGCAAGCUGGGGAGAUGGCAACUCGGACCUACACACCAUUCACACUUUCGUGCAGAAAGCCCGCGCCAACAAAAGUGUCAAGACCAUGCAGCGUCUGCCUUCUGACAGCACCCUGCUGGACAAAAUGAGGUUAAAGGACUCUCUCUACAAGGGCCAAGCAAGCAGCAAAGCAGAGCGCAAAAAGGACAAAAAGCUGAAGCGGCUCUCUCUUGGCUCAGGAGCAGGAGACAGCAGCAGUAGCAGCGGGGAAAAGCGCGCCAGAAUCAAGCGCAGCAAAAACUCCAAGCAGCCGAAAAGCCUUAAGAAGCUUAAGAGCUCGGCACUCAGCGAGACGGACUCUGAGACUGGACUCGGCCAUGGAGAGGAGCACGCGGGUCAGCCAAGAGGGCUGCAGUCCCAGAGACCCAACCUGGUGAAGUCUGAGCGUGACGAAGCAAGCAGAGAUGCUGAAAUGAGCUCCAGUGAAGGGGAAACGUGGAUCGCAGAUGAGGAUAUCAUGGUGGAGUCAGGUGACGACUCUUGGGAUCUGAUCACUUGCUACUGUGGGAAACCUUUUGCAGGACGACCCAUGAUCGAGUGCAACCAGUGCAGCAUAUGGGUGCACCUGUCCUGCGCCAAAAUCAAGAAGUCCAACGUCCCAGACAUAUUCUACUGUCACAAAUGCAGGGAAGCGAGGCGAUCAGGCCAUAAAAAAGACAGUUAGAGAAGACACCUAAUCCAUGGAAGCUCAACGUUCCCGUCCUCCACUUUUUCUAUCAAGUAUGAGACGAAAACACUGUUUUUGAACUGGGAUGUUCUUUUGAGACCCAUGUUUUUGCGCGCCAGUUCUUCACAUAUUUGACAAUCAUAUACAUGGUUAAUAUCACGAUGGGAAUUUCUUCAUGUUUGUAGACAAAUUUGUAAACAAGGCUCUUACUCGGAGUGAUCUGUCUGCCAGUUUGGUCUGAUCAUCAGGGAGUGUUUAGUGCUGGCUUUUAUAGAAGAUGUAAAAGAUGAUGAUGUAUUCUGAUGUAAAAGCGUUUUACAAAACAGAAAGGAGCCUCAGAAAGCUGAUGUUUGUCACUUUACAUGAAGUGGUCUGUGUAUAGGUUAUUACUUCUGUUGCUUAUCAUUUUCACACACCUCAGUUUUGCUCUCAGAUUUGUGAUGCUUGAUAUUAACAGGUAGUCUUUAUUAAGUGAUUAACGCUUUUUUUUUAAUCUCAGUGCAUGUCGGCACCAUGGCAGUCCUGUCAUUAACUAGCACUUAACUAUCAACUCCAGAUCAUUCUGUGUGGGGAACAUUAAAUGUUGGACUUGAAAUGGGAACUUUCAGAUUGGAACAUUUCCACUGGUUGCACUGCUGUCCUCUUACCAAGUGUAAGCAGUUUCAAAUUGUGCAUUAACUAUUUUCGUUGGUUUACUUUUGAAGGAAGUUUUGAGACGAAUGAAUGAUGUUUAAGAGCUUUGCAACUGCCACCUGAGUGUUGAGGCUCACUCAACACCACCAAUUUAAUAGUUGUAAUUAUUAUUUGUUCUGUUAUUAUUAUUAUAAUUUGUUUUUUUGUUUUUUUUAAAAAAAGAGCUUAAUUUGGGUUUUAAUCUCUUGUUUGUGAUCUUGUUUAAGAUCACACACACCCAGAGUGUUAGUCAUUGUGGAGCUGCUCCCUGAUCCGCUGUUUGAAAGUAGUUCAGAGACCAGAUCUUCUUAUGUACAGAAAAGAGUUUGUCACAAGUGUUGUGGCAUAUUUUGUUUCUAAUAUCUGUGUUUUUUUUUUUUUUUUUUUUUUUUUUUUUUGAGGGGUUUCUUGGAAUUCCCAAAACAUUAGACCCUCUCCUCCUAUUUUACUCUGUAAAUAUCAUAUCCUUUCAGAACUGUACAUAAUAUGAAAACGAAGAGAGAAGCCAAGCAAAUGUUAUAUUUUUGGCAUCUGAUGUUUUCUUUAACUGUACCUGAAGAAAUAAAGCCUUUUCUUUAUUGGG